UCAGUCUCCAAUCCUAUCAUUCCUACUCGAAUAGCUUCACGAGAAAGAAGCACUAUAACCUACCACAUCAACGCGGAUCAAUCGCACCCACACAAUGCCAUCAAGCACAUCAACAGUCCUCCUCUACUUCCUCGCAAUAUGGAUCCCCUUCCUGCCUGUCGCCAUAAAGCGUGGUUGCGCCGCUGAUCUCUUCAUCAACAUCGCACUUUGCAUCCUCGGGUGGAUUCCUGGUGUCAUUCACGCGUGGUAUAUUAUCAGCCAGACGGAGAAGGUCGCCGUGGCUUAAGAGGUUAGGGAGUGUGAAAGGGCGCCGGCAUCAAGAGGGUGAAUCGCGGUAGGGAAAGGGCGUUUAGGUAGACCGCGGAGGACCGCAUGCAUUGUUUCGAUACAGAGGAGGUAGGAAAUAAUAUUUCAAAGUUAUGUUGAUAAGGUCUUUUUGCUCUUGC